UAUCAACAACUAGUUCAAGAGUUUUGACGGACAGCAAUGGCAGCGGAAAGGAAACGAUUGAAAGAAGACAAGCUUAGAAGUAAAAACUGGAAAAGAUGGGGGGCAUAUUUGUCUGAGAGGCAAUGGAGCACAGUCAGAGAAGAUUAUUCAGAGGAUGGUAACUGCUGGGACUACUUCCCACAUGACCAUGCACGGUCCCGGGCGUACCGCUGGGGCGAGGACGGGCUCAUGGGCAUCACAGACCGCCAGUGUCGCAUGUGCUUCGCCCUGGCACUGUGGAAUGGCAAGGACUCCAUUCUCAAGGAGAGGCUGUUUGGACUCACUAGCUCUCAGGGCAACCAUGGAGAAGAUGUGAAGGAGUUAUACUACUAUCUGGACAACAUGCCCACACAUGCCUACAUGAAGAUGCUAUACAAGUACCCUCAGGACAAAUAUCCUUACUCUGAUCUGGUCCACAAGAACGCCGCUCGCACAGUCAAGGACCCCGAGUAUGAAGUCCUUGACACAGGUGUGUUUGACAACAAUCGCUACUGGGACGUGUUAGCAGAGUACUGCAAGGCUUCGCCCAACGACAUCCUGGGCAGAUUCACCAUCUCAAACAGAGGCUCUACAUCCGAGGUCAUCCACUUCCUGCCUACGCUCUGGUUCCGAAACGUGUGGUCUUUUGGCAAGGACUGUGAUUCUUGGAUGGAGGAGAAGCCGUGCAUGUCUCAGGAAGAGCCGGGCAAAGUGAGAUGUGAACAUGGCACUCUUGGUACGUUCUUCUUUGAAAUCGACAAGGGUCCUAGUGGCGAAUCCCCCGAGAUUAUAUUCACGGAGAAUGAAACCAACAACCAGCGUAUCUACAACACCCCCAACACCCGUAGAUACGUCAAGGACGCCUUCCACAACUACGUCAUUCGUGGCGACAAGGAUGCUGUGAAUGAGGCGAAUCGUGGAACAAAGUGUGCAGCCCACUACUCUGUACGUGUCGGUGCUGGAGAACAUGUCACAUUCAGAAUGAGGCUGUACUGUCAGAACGAGGCUCCACCUCACCCAAUCAGCCAUGACAGUUUCAACGAACUCUUCAGCACCAGGAUCAAGGAAGCUGAUGCGUUCUAUGAUGAUGUGAUAGUCAGCAAGAGCCCUGUAGAGAGGAUGAUAGCCCGCCAGGCGUACGCAGGUUUGUUGUGCAGCAAACAGUUCUACUGCUACAUUGUAAAGGAAUGGCUGAAGGGUGACUGCGGAUGUGCCUGCCCCCCAGCCAGACGACUGAAAGGUCGGAACAGUGAUUGGACACAUCUGUUCAACAGGGACAUUAUUGCCAUGCCAGACAAAUGGGAGUAUCCCUGGUACGCUUCCUGGGAUCUGGCGUUCCACAUGAUAGUCUUCGCAAACAUCGACAUCCACUUUGCCAAGGAACAGCUGGUUCUAUUUCUCAGGGAAUGGUACAUGCACCCAAAUGGUCAGAUGCCAGCAUAUGAGUUUGCUCUUGAUGACGUCAACCCCCCUGUCCAUGCUUACGCUGUGCUACGGGUGUACAAGAAGUCUGGGCCCAGAGGUCAGCGCGACCUCACAUUCCUGGCACGAUGCUUCCACAAGCUGGUCAUUAACUUCACAUGGUGGGUGAAUCGGAAAGAUCCGAGUGGCAAUAACAUCUUUACUGGUGGCUUCCUCGGCCUGGACAACAUCGGUGUGUUUGACAGAUCCAAGCCUUUACCUACAGGAGGGGUACUUGCACAGGCUGAUGCAACAGCAUGGAUGGGUUUCUUCAGCGUCAUCAUGAUGCAGAUCAGCCUCAUCCUGGCCAAAAGGGACCCCAUCUACGAAGACAUGGCCAGCAAGUUCUUCGAACACUUUAUUGCCAUAGUAGAUGCCAUGAACAGAGCCGGCACAGGAGAAGGUCUAUGGAAUGAAAGAGAUGGCUUUUACUAUGACCACAUCCAUGCCCAGGACAUCGUGCCUCUGCGUAUCCGCUCGGUGGUGGGCAUGAUCCCGUUGUUCACCUGCUUCGUGCUUGAUGAGACCAUUAUGAAGAGACACCCGGGAUUCAGCAAACGCACCAAGUGGUUUAUGGAUCACAGGAAGGAUCUUUCUUCUCGGAUCUCCUUCAUGGUGAAAGGGGAGCACGAGGAAGUGUACAUGCUGUCCAUGGUCACCCGGAAACAAAUCUCAAAGAUGCUCGAGUACAUUCUAGAUGAAGAAGAGUUCCUCUCACCAUAUGGCAUCCGGUCACUCUCCAAAUAUCACAAGGACAACCCGUUCGUGUUCUCCGCAGGCCAUGAAUCAUUCAGUGUUGACUAUGAGCCGGGAGAGUCUUCGACCAACAUGUUUGGAGGAAACAGCAAUUGGAGGGGUCCAAUAUGGCUCCCUAUGAACUACAUUCUGAUCGAGACUUUGCACAGGUACGACUACUUCUUCGGCGACACACUGCAGGUGGAGUGCCCCACACGAUCAGGGCGGUACAUGCGACUCCGUGAUGUGGCGCGCGAACUAUCGGGGCGAAUAUCCCGCCUCUUUCUCCCAGAUCUCUAUGGCAACAGAGCAUCUCAUGGUGAAGAGGAACGGUAUGCCAAGGAUCCUAACUUCAAGGACCUGCUGCUUUUCUAUGAAUACUUCCAUGGUGAUACAGGAAAAGGUUUAGGUGCAAGUCACCAGACAGGUUGGUCGGCCCUGAUUGUAGACUUAAUGGAAGGUUCCCAUAAAACUGCUGAAACAUUCGACAGCACCAGCUCCCUUUCUGGCAACAGUAUCUACUAGUACUAGUAUAAGAACAAGGAAAUUUGUAAAAGAAAUGAUCCCAGUAUUGUGUAUAUCACGCUUUUUUCAUGAUUCAGGUGGUUUCUGGGUUUUUAGAAUGAAGCACUGUAACGUCAUUGUUCCGAAAACAUCCAAUCUUUCUUUCAAAUUCUGGUUUGGUCUGGGAAAACUCAACCACUGUAUUGUACAAAGAUAAAUUGUAAUAAAAAACUGUUUUAAUAUCCUUUUGCCUUAUAGAAAUUUAUUCACAUAUUAUAGAAACAUGUACAUGAUUUCAUAUUUACACCAAUGUCUUAUGAAUUUUGUCUAAGCAAUUGACUCUUACAAUUAAGAUGAGUAACAGUAAAAUACAAACUGUAUCGUGUGCUGCAUGAUGAGUUACAAACCUAUACAUAUUUACAACAAUUUGGUCGUGUUUUA